GUCAGAUUCGGACCAGAACCAGAACCACGGAGGUCCAUCCCCUGUCCGGACACUGACCUUAUAGUUGGACUUUGUUUAGUUCGGAUCUGGAUCGGAUCUACUGAGUGAACACAGAUGAGCGUGGGUGUGGCCUCAGCCAGAUCUCAGCAGUGUCUCAAGAGGCUAUUGGAUGAGAAUCAAGAAGAUUUACCAAAAUGUAAACGCCUCUGCGUGGCUCCACCCCCUCCUUCCACUGACCUCACACCAUGUCUCAGGCCCCAAAGCCCCACCCCCAAGUCCAGCUGCAGCCAAUCCCUGUCCACAGUUGGUCCAUAUGUGCUGUAUGAACGCUACGAAGGGGAGGAGGCUUACAGAGCCGAGCACACGCACACACAGCAGCAGUACACCUGCAAGGUACUGCCUGUGCGUGGUUACCAGGAGCAGCUGGCGGCCUACGCUCGGCUCGGUCACCACGACAACAUUAGCCAGUUGCGAGACGUUGUGAUUGGUGAGGAUAACGUGUACAUCUUCCUGCCCGGUCACCAUGGCGACAUGCAUUCAUACGUACGCAGCAGGAAGCGUCUGAGCGAAGAGGAGGCGGGGCUUCUCUUUGCACAGAUGCUGGAAGCCGUGACGCACUGUCAUCGCCACGGAGUCGUCCUGAGAGACGUGAAGCUGCGCCGCUUCGUUUUUACUGACAAACACAGGACUCGUCUCGCUCUGCUCGGCCUCGACGACUGCGUCCUCCUGUCCGGUAACCAUGACGACGACUCUCUGACAGACAGACACGGAUGCCCCGCCUAUGUGGGCCCCGAGCUGCUGACCAAUGGGAGCGCCUCGUACUCGGGUCGCGCCGCUGACAUCUGGAGCCUGGGCGUGUCUCUGUACACCAUGCUGAUCGGUCGGUACCCGUUCCAGGACACGCAGCCCGCCGCGCUGUUCGCCAAGAUCCGCCGCGGGGCCUUCACGCUCCCCGAUUGGCUGUCGCCACAGGCCAAGUGUCUGAUUGGCUGCAUGCUGAGGAAGUUACCUGCAGAGAGACUGGAGGCGGAGCAGCUGCUGAUGCAUCCGUGGCUGACCAAUCCCUGCACGCCACAUCACAAAUCAGCGUCAGCGAGACGGGACGGACAGGAUGACGACCAAGUGGUUCCCACCUGGACGGACAAACAUUAACACACAAAUACACAAAAACACGCACAUUUGAUCACAUGGUUUUGAUCACAUGUGGGCGCCUCUGCGUUUGUAUGGACGCCACUGACGCCUCACAUCCUUUAGAGCAGGGGUGUCCAACGUACGGCCCCUGGGCCAGAACUGACCCCCCAGACGGUCCAGAACUGACCCCCCAGACGGUCCAGAACUGACCACCCAGACGGUCCAGAACUGACCCCCCAAAUGGUCCAGAACUGACCCCCCAGACGGUCCAGAACUGACCCCCCCAGACGGUCCAGAACUGACCCCCCAAACGGUCCAGAACUGACCCCCCAAAAGGUCCAGAACUGACCCCCCAAAUGGUCCAGAACUGACCCCCCAAAUGGUCCAGUCUGAUCCGCAAGAUGAAUUUGACAGUGACAGCAUUAAACAUCAAGUUAAAUAAAAGCAUAAUAACUUAGAAGUAAUCAACUCCAAAUUAUCUCCUUGGUUUAAUGUGAAAAAAGUAAAAUUACUUUGUGAAAAUAUUUACAUUUUUCACAAUAAAAUGUGAAUAACCUGAACAAAUAUGAAAAGCCUUAUAUUUCUAAACAAAAAAAACUGCAAUUUUAACAAUAUUCUGCCUGGAACUAAAUGUUUGGUGUAUUUGUAGAUCCACUGCGACCUCUAAGUCGUGUUAAUAAUAAUUGUAGAUAUAUUAUUGUUGAAAUUGUGUGUAUUUUCUGUCUACAUUUCAGGUUGUACAUGGUAAAUCAGGUUAUUCACAUUUACAUAAUGUAAUUGUACUGGUUUUUCACUGUAAAACUCUUCUUAUUUAUCGGUUAAUAUGCCUGUUAUUUGACUGGUCUGACCCAGUUCAGCUCAAACUGGGCUGACUGGAACCUGAACUCAGAUGUUCCUCUGCAGGUAAAGCAUCACUAGUCUGACGCCAUGUUUACACGUAGCUGGAAUGUGGAAAAACUGACAUUUCCUCAUGUGUUUUUGGUUUUCAUCCACAUGAAAACUCCAGUUUAUGUCACUGAAUUAUUAUUUUUUUUAAAUUCUGUCCAAAGUAUAGAUUUAGUAAAAGUCUGUUUUUGUGCUUGUGUGUGUUCAGGGUUCAACAGUUCUAGGAUCCAAACGUCACAGUAUGAGAAAAAAAAUGCAUUCGUAUCAUGUUUUGACUUCUGUUUAUCCUAACCUUUACCACAUGAUGGCGCUCUAUGGUGUGUUUAUGCAGGUUUGUGUAGAUGAAAACCUAUCUGAUACCAUCUGAUUGAAAACAAAAGUGGGAAAUAUCCGUUUAUGUUCGUACCUGUCUACGUGUAAACAUGGCCUAAAUGUACUGAACAUUUUAGAUGUUUUCAAAAAUGUGCAAAAAAACAAAGCGAUGUCAGGUGUUAAGUUUGUUUAUUUUGCUCCUGUUAUUUUAAAAGGAGUGUGAGUGAGUUAGUGAUGGGGAAUAGGGCUAAAAACGUCUUCAUAUGCUUUAGGGAAAUGGCAAUAGAAGUAAAACAUGACUUAAGUUUAACGUUAAAAGUCCCAUGAAAUUAAAAUCAAGUGUUUUUCUGUGAUGUUUUGUGCUACAUGUCACCACUGCUGUUAGUGGUAUAUCAGAGUUUAUCAUCUCCUGAUCAAUAACAGACGCCUUUUACCUCAUUGAUCAGUUUUGUCAUUUUCUGAUCAGGAGGAACAAAGGAAACACAAAUAACACUUGACUGUUUGAUGGGGACUUUACAGUAUUUCUAACAAAAACGGUAGAAGCUGUUCAGAAUGAUCACAGUUAUAGUGGCGAUAUUUCCCUGUUCGAUACAAAGCUGUUUUUUUUUUUCUUAUAUUAAGUUAAAACUCUACAUUCUUGAACCUUUACCUUGUGUCGCAGAGACUACAGCCCCUUUUCCACCAACAUUCCCAGGAAUUCAUUUAUCUGGGUAAAAGAAUCCCUGGUUAGUCUGUAAGUGUGUUCCACCAAUCAGCUUUCAUUAAAAGAGAGCCCCGCCCCCAAGAAUUCUGUGGAAUCUGAAAAGUCCCGCCCCAAAAUUAGCAACUUUUGGGAUCAAGGGAAA